CAGCUUCCAGCAGGGCGGGAAGAUGCGCUGCGCGGGGCGGCCAGAGCCGGGCGGGAAAAACGGCAGGAGGGAACUAUGGGCCGCGGCGGGCGCCUGCCAGGCUUGGAAGCGGACUGGCAGCCAGAGCCACCGCCCAAGGAAGCCUCGCGUCCCAGGCCCCCCGGGCAAGCGGCUGCUCUGCGGCUCCGGCGCCAGACGGCGUGGGCCUGGGCGCGGCCCUGGCGCGGCGGCGCGCGCGGGGUGAAGGGAGCGCGGCGCUGGCGGCGGCGACGCGGCGGUUGCUGCGCCGGGUACUGGGGUCGCUGCCGGAGGCGCAGGCGCCGUGGACUCAGCGCGCCCCGGGCCUGGGCUCGCAGUGGACUCGUCAUGGCGACCGAGCAGAGGCCUUUCCACCUGGUGGUGUUCGGCGCCUCUGGCUUCACCGGCCAGUUCGUGACCGAGGAGGUGGCCCGGGAGCAGGUGGACCCGGAGCGGAGCUCCCGCCUGCCCUGGGCGGUGGCGGGCCGCUCCCGGGAGAAGCUGCAGCGGGUGCUGGAGAAGGCGGCCCUGAAGCUGGGAAGACCAACACUGUCGUCUGAAGUUGGAAUCAUCAUUUGUGAUAUCGCUAAUCCAGCCUCGCUUGAUGAAAUGGCUAAACAGGCAACAGUUGUCCUCAAUUGCGUAGGACCAUAUCGAUUUUAUGGAGAACCUGUGAUAAAAGCGUGUAUUGAAAAUGGAGCCAGUUGUAUCGACAUCAGUGGAGAACCUCAGUUUCUGGAACUAAUGCAAUUGAAGUAUCAUGAGAAAGCUGCAGACAAAGGGGUUUAUAUCAUUGGAAGCAGUGGCUUUGACUCCAUUCCGGCAGAUCUGGGAGUAAUAUAUACCAGAAAUAAAACGAAUGGUACUUUGACUGCUGUGGAAAGUUUCCUGACUAUACAUUCAGGCCCUGAGGGGUUGAGCAUUCAUGAUGGUACCUGGAAGUCAGCAAUUUAUGGUUUUGGAGAUCAGAGUAAUUUGAGAAAACUACGAAAUGCGUCAAAUCUGAAACCUGUCCCACUCAUUGGUCCAAAAUUGAAGAGAAGGUGGCCAAUUUCUUAUUGUCGGGAACUCAAAGGUUAUUCCAUUCCUUUUAUGGGAUCUGAUGUGUCUGUUGUGAAGAGGACUCAACGUUACUUGUAUGAAAAUUUAGAGGAAUCACCAGUUCAGUAUGCUGCUUACGUAACUGUGGGAGGAAUCACCUCUGUUAUUAAGCUGAUGUUUGCAGGACUUUUCUUUUUAUUCUUUGUGAGGUUUGGAAUUGGAAGGCAACUUCUCAUAAAAUUCCCAUGGUUCUUCUCCUUUGGCUAUUUUUCAAAACAAGGCCCAACACAAAAACAGAUCGAUGCUGCCUCAUUCACGUUGACGUUCUUUGGUCAAGGAUACAGCCAAGGCAUUGGUACUGAUAAGAACAAACCAAAUAUCAAAAUCUGUACGCAGGUGAAAGGACCAGAGGCUGGCUAUGUGGCUACCCCCAUAGCUAUGGUCCAGGCAGCCAUGACUCUUCUAAAUGAUGCUUCUGAUCUGCCUAAGGCGGGCGGGGUCUUCACACCUGGAGCAGCUUUUUCCAAAACAAAGUUGAUUGACAGACUCAACAAACACGGUAUUGAGUUUAGUGUUAUUAGCAGCUCUGAAGUCUGAGCACGGGAAGAAUUAACUGAAGUCAUACCAUGCGCGAAUUAACAGCUUCUCUGUUUGAUAUUUGAAACUCUUCUGUAAGCCUGAGUAUAUGUGGAAACGAUUGUCAAAUCUAAAAUACCUAUAUAUUAAAAAGCAGGAAAUUGUCCUAGCUUACCCUAAAUUUCAAAUCUCAGCUGAUUUUGUGAUUUUAUUGCUUAUAAGAGAGAACUCAUAUUUGACGUAUUUUUCACUGAUGUGUUCCUGGUAGGUGUUGAUGAAUGAGCUGGCAGGUCUAAGGGGAGGCAGUGCCCAUGCUGUGCUGCAGCAGCAUUGCUCCCGGAGGGUGCGCAGCAGCGUUAGUGUCCCACAGGAGCUGCCGCUUGCCUUACCGCAGCGGGAAGGGAAUCCCACCUUCCAGUGAGUGUCUCCACAUGCUGUCUUGAGCCUUUGCUAAAUGAAACUGCACUCUUUGCUAUUUUUGCCUAGUUUUUCACCCAUCUACACUGAUUUUGGACUGUUACCUAAGUUGAAAAAUAAAGGGUUGUCAAU